AAAAAAAUUAAAAUUAUCGAAACCAAAGAAACAAAAAAAUAUUUCUCCCUUGAUUCCAUCGCUGCUCUGUUAUAUAUAUGUAUAGGAGUAUACAACGGAGAAGAAACAAGAGGAAAAGAAGACGAUAGCAUUAGAGAUGGACUCUCAGUCUCCGAUUUUGGUGGAAGAGAAAUCGAGUGCUAGAAUCUUGACACUAAACAGACCCAAGCAGCUGAAUGUUCUGUCCUUCAAUAUGAUGACUCGGUUACUGCAACUGUUUCUUGCGUAUGAGGAGGACCCUAGUGUGAAACUUGUCAUCCUAAAGGGUCAAGGAAGAGCUUUUUGUGCUGGUGGCGACGUUAAACCUACUGUUCGUAACAUCGUACAAGGAAAUUGGAGACUCUCUGCUGAUAUAUUCGCAGAGGAAUACAUGCUCAACUAUGUUAUGGCCACGUAUAGAAAAGCUCAGGUUUCAAUUUUGAAUGGUAUUGUCAUGGGAGGCGGAGCUGGUCUCUCCGUCCAUGGUCGAUUUCGUAUUGCAACUGAGAACACGGUAUUUGCAAUGCCCGAGACAGCUCUAGGGCUCUUCCCAGAUGUAGGCGCUUCCUACUUCUUGUCAAGGCUCCCUGGAUUUUUUGGAGAGUAUGUUGGCCUCACAGGAGCUAGGUUAGAUGGCGCUGAAAUGCUUGCUUGUGGUCUUGCAACUCAUUUUGUGCCUUCAACGAGUUUGACCCUAUUAGAAGCAGAUCUUUGCGGAGUUGAUUCAAAUGAUCCGAACUUUGUCCCAACAAUUCUGGACGCAUACACUCAGCAUCCACACCUUAAACAAGAUAGUGCUUACCACAGGUUAAAUGUUAUUGAUAGGUGCUUCUCUAGAAGAACUAUCGAAGAAAUUAUAUCUGCACUUGAGAGAGAGGCCACUCAGGAACCAAAUGAUUGGAUCUCAACUACCAUUCGUGCAUUAAAGAAGGCUUCACCAUCAAGUCUUAAAAUCUCUCUUAGAUCGAUAAGAGAAGGAAGAUUGCAAGGGGUGGGACAGUGUCUUAUUCGUGAGUAUAGAAUGGUGUGUAAUUUGAUAAAGGGAGAUAUAAGCAGAGACUUUGAGGAGGGGUGCAGAGCCAUAUUGGUAGACAAAGAUAGGAAACCAAAGUGGGAGCCAAGGCAACUAAAGGACAUGAAGGACAGCAUGGUAGAUCAGUACUUUGAGCGAGUGGAUGAAGAAGGAUGGGAAGAUCUUAAGUUUCCGCCAAGGAAAAAUGUCCAUGUUUCACGAAUCAUAGCAAAGCUGUGAUGAAAUGGAGAAGGGAAUCUAUGAGACAACAUGUCAGACAUUAAACCAACGACAAAAACAGAGCAAAGAGACCAAACCCGAAAUACCAAGAUUUAUAAGUCUUCGACCAGCCAACUCUUUUUUUUUGUUUUUUUUUGUUUGUGUGGCGGCGAAUAAGAUUGGACGUUCUCUAUUUCCUCUCUCCGACGGGAAUAUCUAAGUGUUUCAAUUAUUGUCCUUUCUGUAAUUUCCCUACAUGUAUGUAGGAACUCGAACUUGUAGUUCCAAAUUCCCUAGUUAACUGUUGUUCGUUUGUGCACAUGACUGGUUUGUUUAUAUAUUUGGUUAUGCAUCUA